AGCCGUCCUGCGGGUCGGAUCGGGAGUGCGUCCAGAGCCCCAGGCUUAGCGGCUGGAACCAGAGAUCUUUAAAAUACCGAGCUUUAAAAUACCCGGCACCUGGCUGCGCGCUCCGCUCUCCCGCCGCGGGGAUGGUUCCUUGAGUGACUGAGCCCCUUGGAGAACACUCUUCUGGAAGCACCCUUCGCCGCAUGCCAGCCCAGCCAGAAAACUGAGGGUUCGACAGCUCCAGCCACCACCACGUCUCUGCUGCCCAGGAACACCCUUCCUAGGCUGACCGAAGGCCUCCAGAACCUCUAAGGCUGGGGCUACCCGAUUCUACCUCAUGGUUUUGGGCUUUUGCUAGCUAUGGCUCCCAUGCUCCACUUCCUGCUGCUACUGGGGCUGUGUGGGACUACCAUUUCAAAAGGGACGCCUUCACCCUCGGAGACGCCUGAGGUUUUGAAUUUUGAGUUGCCUGCAGUGAACUAUGAGACCAAAGGCUCCCAAAAAGCAGGCCCCAUUGGAGCUCUCUUUCAGAUGGUGCAUGGCUUUCUCCAGGUGGUGCAGCCCCAUGCUUUCCCUGAAGAUAUUUUGAGAAAAGUUAUACAAAAGAAGUUUGACUUCUCAACUGAUUAUAAGGAGGUUGUCUACUAUGAACUUGGACUUAUUAUUUGUGCUGCUCUUGGACUGCUCUUUGUUAUUCUGAUGCCGCUGGUGGGAUGUUGCUUUUGUCUGUGUCGUUGCUCUAACAACUGUGGCGGAGAAAUGCACCAGAGACAGAAGAAAAACGGGCCCUUCCUGAAGAAAUAUUUUACAGUCUCCCUCUUUGGGAUCUGUGUGUUUAUAAGCAUUGGCAUCGUCUUUGGUUUUGUGGCAAACCACCACUUGGGGACCCGGAUCAAAAGGAUUGGGAAACUAGCAGACAGCAACUUGAAAGACCUGCGAACUUUCCUGAAUGAAACUCCAGUGCAAAUCGAUUAUGUAUUGGGCCAGUACAACACCACUAAGGAAAGGGCAUUCUCAGAUCUGAACAAUAUUAAACCAUUGCUAGGAGGUGGGAUUCAUAGACGACUAAGACCUAAAGUGAUUCCAGUGCUUGACGACAUCAAGGCCAUGGCAGAAGCAAUCAAAGAGACCAAAGAGGCCCUGGAGAACGUGAACAGCACCUUGAAGGACCUAAAGGAUGGAACUGGCCGGCUGAGCGCCAGCCUGGGCAAAGUGAAAACUGAUCUGGAGAAUGCGCUCAAUGACUCUACCUGCUCUACCCCACCAGCAACUACCUCUUGCGACCGCAUCAGGAGUUCCCUGGACCAGCUGGAUAACAACACCAACCUGGGCCAGCUCCCAUUUAUGAACGAUCAACUGGACAGUGUUAAUGAAGUUCUUAAAACAGAUUUGGCUGGCCUGGUCGAAAAGGGCUACAAAUCCUUUAAUGAUAUACCUGAGAUGGUGCAAAACCAAACGAAGAACAUCAUACCAGAUGUCAAAAGGGUCUUGGAUUCCAUUGGUGCAAACAUCUCAAAUGUAACCAAACAGAUGCCCAUACAGAAUGCUGUCUCAAGUUUUCAGGGUUAUGUUAAUGAGACAGAAAAUUACAUCCACCGCCAUUUACCUGAGGUAGAAGAGUUUGAAUUAUACAGGUGGCUGGGUGGCUUGGUUGUCUGCUGUUUGCUGACCCUCAUAGUGACUUUUUAUUACCUGGGGCUGCUGUGUGGUAUUUGUGGCUAUGACAAGCGUGCCACUCCCACCACCCGAGGCUGCGUCUCCAACACCGGAGGCAUCUUCCUCAUGAGCGGCGUUGGGGUGAGUUUCCUCUUUUGCUGGAUAUUGAUGAUCAUCGUGGUUCUCACUUUUGUCGUUGGUGGAAAUGUUGAAAAGUUGGUCUGUGAACCUUACGCAAACAGGAAGUUAUUCCAGAUUUUGGACACACCGUAUUUACUAAAUGAGAAAUGGCAAUACUAUCUCUCCGGCCUGAUACUUGAGAAACCGAAUAUUGCACUCACUUUUGAACAAGUUUACAGUGAUUGCAAAGAAAAUAAAGGCAUUUAUACCUCACUUCAGCUGGAGAACCGCUUUAACCUCAGUGAAUAUCUCGACAUUAAAGAUUACGUCGAAGACAUAAACCGUGAAUUUGAACAUCUGAACAUCAGGCUUGACGAUAUAGUUCUGCUAGAUGAAGAAGGGAAAAAAAACCUGAAGGAUUUCAGUGCUUCGGGAGUCGAAGAAAUAGACUACGCAGCUUACCUGACUGAGGCCAGUAAAACCCCCACGAAAGUGGAUCUUUUAUCAUAUGCUGAUAAUCUAGAAGCAACAGCAAAAAAUUUGCCCCAAGGAACUUUGAAAGAGUCGCUAAUGGCAAGUGCACAAAAUAUUAGAACGAUCCACCAUCAGCAGGUUAUCCCUUUGGAACAAUCAAUGAGCACCUUAUACCAAAGCGUCAAGAUACUUCAACGCACGAGUGAUGGAUUGGCGGUGAAAGUGAACAAGAUCAUUGUCUCCUUGGAUGCUGCUCAAGAGUUCAUCAAAAACAAUGUUUCCUCCAUUAUCAUCGACGAAAGUAAGAGAUAUGUGAAUACAAUCAUAGGAUACUUUGAACAUUACCUCCAGUGGGUCAAAGACUCUAUCACUAAGAAAAUUGCCUCCUGCAAACCCAUGGCCACCGCUUUAGAUUCUGCUGUUGAUAUCUUGCUGUGUAAUUACAUUAUCGACCCUAUGAAUUUGUUUUGGUUUGGCAUAGGAAAUGCUACAAUAUUUUUACUUCCGGCUAUCAUUUUUGCGGUAAAGCUGGCCAAGUACUAUCGUCGAAUGGAUUCGGAGGAUAUGUAUGAUGAUGUUGAAACUGUACCCAUGAAAAAUAUGGAAUAUGGUAAUAAUGGUUAUCAUAAAGAUCAUUUAUAUGGUAUUCCCAAUCCUGUUAUGACAAGCACUCUGGGACAUUGAUAGCUGUUAGAUUGCUUGAGCACUAAGACCCUCAAAGCGGAAAAGACCACAGACUUUUGAUAGCGCCUGGGGCUGCAAGCACUUCCCCAAUCUAGGAAGACUUCCCAGCUGACCUGGGGAUUCGGGGGGCCCCGAGGAGACCCCUCUGGGGAAGACGCCAUCCAUGUCCCGGCAGUGCUUUGUUGGGAAUGAGCACAAUUACACUGAUGGUCCAUGUCUUCAUCACCACUCAAGGAUGAUCCCUGUUUAUUUUUUGCUUUUUUAUUUUUUACACUGGGUUUCUAUUUCAACCCUAUAACAUAGGGUGUGUAUAUUUCCAUUUGAUGCAUUUCUGUGUCAAACAGCUAUUCGAAUGUGAUGGCUUGAUUUUAACCUAGUGUCAUAUUAAGAGUGUGCUAAACAUAGCACCAGUUUACAGGAAAGAUGCAUUUUAUGUAGGGUAAACUUUGUAUAGACCUUCUGUCACCCCAGUCAGAGUGUUCUAAACAAAUGAGUAUUGAAUGAUUUACUUCCUAAAUGAGGUUACCAUCAUGUCAGUGUUGUUUUGUGGUGGUGUUGAGAAUAACCCAUUUUCACUAAAAAUGGAUGAGACCUAUAGUAUACAUGUCCUUUCUCUCUGGUGGUUUACUGCCCACUUUUUCAGAGAUUUAUCAGGUUCAGUUUGGAUCACAGAGAAACCAACAUAAUUCCAUCUAGCAAAUUGAAAAUGGAGAGAGAAAGACCUGGAAAGAAAAAAAAUGCUGUUCAUUAGAAAAUGGAGUUAUUUUAACAGAUGCCAAGUACAGUGUAUGCUUAAGGGGAGUUUUCUGAUUUAUAAGCACAAGCAUUAAUUGGCAUGCUGCUGGAUAAUUUGGUAACAAAUGUCAUCAGGUUAUCCAUGAGGAUUCUAAAAUUUAUCAAACAAAAUUUAGCAUUUAUAUAAUAAAAUUCAAAAUGUAAGUUUUUUACUAGAUCUUUUCAUAUGCAAAUUACCACCCUGAUUCAAAUCAAUAAAAAGGAACUUGAAGAACA